UCAGAGUCACGUGACUACUAGAUGUUUGUUAGAUCUGAAUCGGGCAUACUACCGUCUAGCAUAAACCGCGAUGGUCAACUACGGAGGAGAUGAAGUGUCUGCUUUGGUUCUUGAUAUAGGCUCCUCAUCUGUACGCGCAGGGUAUGCCGGGGAUGAUAUCCCCAAGGCCAUUAUCCCGUCGUUCUAUGGCUAUAAGGCGACUACAGUGGAUGGCGAUGUGCAGAUGGGCGGAAAUGCACCGGAAAACUUCGAGUCAACCACCAAACAAACCCCAAGUGACGCGAAACUUUACCUCGGGCAGAAUGGCCCUUCGAUCUGGAGAGAGGGUAUGGAAAUUGGGAACCCUGUACGGGAUGCGUUGAUUUUUGACUUCAAUCCGAUCCCUGCUUUGAUCUCGCAUGCGCUGGUCGAUGUUAUGCGAGUCAAUCCUUCAGAACAUCCCAUCCUCGUGACCGAGCCAGCUUGGAACACGCCCGCAAAUAGAGAAAGAAUGGCAGAGAUUAUGUUCGAGGAGUUCCAUGUUCCUGCCUUCUAUAUUGCCAAUACUGGCGUUCUGAAUGCUUUUGCAGCAGGGAAGGGCUCGGCACUAGUAAUCGACGUUGGGCAUGCAAUGGCCAGCAUCACCCCAGUAGUUGAUGGCUUCGUGCUACGAAAGGGCUUGGUAUCGUCUGCGCUACCUAAACUCGUCCAAGCCCAUGCCCGACACAUCCUGAGUAACCCCACACAGACGCGUCGGGGAAUCGAACUUCUCCCUCAUCAACUUAUCGCCAACAAAUUGCCCGUCGAACCCGGUGCACCACCGAAAUUUUCCCUCCGUGAAGACCGUCUAUCUGGAACGACGGAAAGCUGGAGGGUUUGGUGCGAGAGUCGUGAAGUUGAAGAGUGGAUACAGAGCGUUGCUGGUGUUCUUGAUCAGGGAUGGAACGACCAAGCUGCGGCAUCUCGUCCAGCACGCCAAUACGAGUUCCCGACAGGCUACAACACGUAUUUCGGGCCGGAGCGAUACCAAGUUGGCGAACAGUUCUUCUUCCACUCACCGCAGCUUGUGGCGCAAAAUCCAAAUCUUCCAAAGAACAUCCCUACCUUGCUUUCAGAGUCUCUUCGCGCUUGUGAUCCGGAUCUGCGGCAAGUUCUCAUGGGAAAUGUGGUUCUCACUGGCGGAGGCAGCCUGUUCCCUGGUUUCGCUGAUCGCUUGGAGGCAGAGCUGUCAAGGAAUUUCCCCCACGUCAAGAUCCAUGCUCCUGGUAACCCCAUCGAGCGGAGGUAUGGUGGUUGGCUAGGAGGAAGUAUUCUAGCGAGUCUUGGCACUUUCCAUCAGCUGUGGAUUAGUAGAGAAGAGUGGCAGGAACAUGGUAAGCCUAUUGUGGGGCAGAGGUGUAAAUAGGCUUGUCGUAUUGGGGAGUUAGCUGCUGGCAGGGCAC